UUUAAUAAAAUCUGUCUCAACUUGCUUACGCUCUUCUACUCGAAGUCCUUCUGCAGCAAUUGAAGAAGGAUAAUCUGGCGCUUUCAACAUGCACAUAAAGCAGGUUAUUAUCGAAGGGUUUAAGAGCUACAGAGAACAAGUUGCUACUGAUCCUUUCAGUUCAAAAAUUAAUUGCGUUGUUGGUGCUAAUGGAUCUGGCAAGUCGAACUUCUUUCAUGCAAUACGUUUUGUAAUAAGCGACCUCUUCCAAAACCUGCGCAGUGAAGAUAGGCAUGCAUUUCUCCAUGAAGGUGCCGGACACCAAGUGUUAUCUGCAUUUGUGGAGAUUGUAUUUGAUAACUCUGACAAUCGCAUCCCGGUUGAUAAGGAGGAGGUGCGCUUGCGGAGAACAAUUGGUCUUAAAAAGGAUGAAUAUUUCUUGGAUGGAAAGCAUAUCACUAAAACAGAAGUUAUGAAUUUACUAGAAAGUGCUGGGUUCUCUCGGUCCAACCCUUACUAUGUUGUGCAGCAGGGGAAGAUAGCGUCACUGACAACGAUGAAAGACUCUGAGCGACUUGACCUGCUGAAGGAAAUUGGUGGGACACGAGUUUACGAGGAGAGGCGUCGUGAAAGUUUGAAAAUUAUGCAAGAAACUGGUAAUAAGAGAAAGCAGAUUAUUCAAGUUGUUCAGUAUUUGGAUGAGAGAUUAAAGGAGCUGGAUGAAGAGAAAGAGGAGCUGAGAAAAUAUCAGCAGCUUGACAAGCAGCGGAAAUCUCUAGAAUACACCAUUUAUGACAAAGAACUUCAUGAUGCAAGGCAGAAAUUGGGGGAGGUAGAAGAUGCGCGAAACAAAGUUUCUGAAACGUCAACUAAGAUGUAUAACAGUGUCUUGGAUGCCCAUGAAAAGUCCAAGGAGUUAGACAAGACAUUUAAGGAUGUGACAAGAGAAGUUCAAAGUUUAAACAAAGAGAAAGAAGCAAUAGAGAAGCGGAAAACAGAAGCUAUUAAGAAGCGCACACAACUUGAGCUUGAUGACAAAGACCUUCAAGAGAAGAUUUCUGGAAAUAACAGAGCCAAGGUGGACACAGUGAAGCAGCUUGAGAGCCUACAGAAAGAAAUUCAGAACUCCACUGAAGAGCUAAAUAAAAUUAGACCUUUGUACAACAAUCAAGUUAGAGAAGAGGAGGAGAUAACAAGAGGAAUAAUGGAUCGUGAGAAGCAGCUUAGUAUUCUUUAUCAGAAACAAGGUCGUGCCACUCAGUUUGCUAAUAAAGCUGCUCGUGACAAAUGGCUAAAAAAGGAAAUUGCCGAAUAUAAAAGAGUUCUAGAUUCAAAUGAAGAGCAGGAGGGAAAACUGAAGAAUGAAAUCCAUCAGCUUAACAAUGAGCUGAAAGAUAAGGAUGCCCACAUUGAGCAUCGCAAGGCUGAAAUAGCUGCAUUGGAAUCCCUUAUGCCACGGUAUCGUGAAGGGUUCAAUCAGUACAAGUCACAGAGAGACGAGUUGCAGAAUGAGAGGAAGUCCUUGUGGGGGAAAGAAAGUGAGCUUUCUGGUGAAAUCGAUCGGCUAAAAGCAGAAGUUGUGAAGGCAGAGAAGAGCCUAGAUCAUGCAACUCCUGGUGAUAUUAGGAGAGGACUAAAUUCUGUUAGGAGGAUAUGCCGAGAAUAUGAGAUUCCUGGAGUGUUUGGUCCAAUUUUUGAGUUGCUCGACUGUGAUGAAAAAUUCUUCACUGCAGUUGAAGUUACUGCUGGAAACAGCUUAUUUCACGUGGUGGUGGAAACGGAUGAAAUAUCUACCCAAAUAAUUAGACAUCUUAAUGCUUUGAAAGGUGGGCGAGUUACGUUUAUACCCUUGAACAGGGUGAAGGCCCCACAGGUUACUUAUCCACAGAGUUCAGAUGUGAUACCUCUUUUAAAGAAACUGAGAUUCUCUCGUGAUUAUGCACCGGCAUUUUCCCAGGUUUUUGCUAGAACAGUAAUUUGCCGAGAUCUGGAUGUGGCUACAAGGGUUGCUCGCACUGAUGGUUUGGACUGCAUUACUCUGGAAGGUGAUCAAGUGAGCAAGAAAGGUGGCAUGACUGGUGGAUUUUAUGACUAUAGGCGCUCGAAACUGAAGUUCAUGAAUAUAAUUAGACAAAAUACGAAGUCUAUUAACAUGAAGGAAGAUGAACUGGAGAAAGUUAGAUCUAAGCUCCAAGAUAUAGACCAGAAAAUUACAGAACUCGUUGCUGAGCAGCAGAAAAAUGAUGCCAAGCAGGCUCAUGAUAGAUCAGAAUUUGAACAGCUUAAGCUGGACAUUGCUAAUGCUAACAAGCAAAAAGAAUCCAUUUCUAAAGCUCUUGAGAAGAAGGAAAAAUUGCUUGCAAAUGUACUGACUCAAAUUGACCAACUUAGAGCUAAUAUGAAUAUGAAACGAGAUGAAAUGGGCACAGAACUUGUUGAUCACUUAACACCAGAGGAGAAAGAGUUGCUGUCGCGACUAAACCCUGAAAUAACUGAUCUGAAAGAGAUGCUUAUUACUUGCAGGACAAAUCGCAUAGAGGCUGAAACAAGAAAAUCGGAACUCGAGACUAAUCUGUCAACUAAUCUUGUAAGGAGGAAGCAAGAGUUGGAGGCAGUAAAAUUGUCUGCAGAGACUGACACGUUAGUCGUUGAAGCUGAAACAAAGAAGCAGGAACUAAGAGAUGCGGUAUUACUUGUUGAAGAUGUGACACAGCAGCUUAAAAGUGUUUCUGGAACUAUUGAUGAGCGAACAAAGCAGCUUAGGAAGAUCAAAGAUGAAAAAAAUAAGUUAAAGACAUUGGAAGAGAAUUAUCAGAGGACCCUUCAGGAUGAAGCAAAGGAACUGGAACAACUUUUAAGUAAAAGAAAUAUUCUUCUUGCUAAACAAGAAGAAUACUCGAAGAAAAUCAGGGAAUUGGGACCAUUAUCAUCAGAUGCUUUUGAAACGUGUAAACGGAGGAGCAUAAAAGAACUGUAUAAAAUGCUUCACAAGUGCAAUGAACAACUUCAACAAUUUAGCCAUGUAAAUAAAAAGGCACUUGAUCAAUAUGUGAACUUCACAGAGCAACGAGAGGAACUCCAGAAAAGACAAGCUGAAUUGGAUGCUGGUGAUGAGAAAAUUAGAGAACUUAUAUCUGUUUUGGAUAGACGGAAGGAUGAAUCAAUAGAACGUACUUUCAAAGGUGUAGCUAAGCAUUUUCGAGAAGUAUUUUCUGAACUUGUGCAAGGUGGUCAUGGGUUUUUGGUGAUGAUGAAGAAAAAGGACGGCGAUCAGGUUGAUGACGAUCAGGAUGAGGAUGGGCCUCGCACAGCCGAUAUGGAGGGGAGGGUGGAGAAAUACAUUGGUGUGAAAGUGAAGGUUUCUUUUACUGGCCAAGGGGAGACACAAUCAAUGAAGCAGUUGUCAGGUGGUCAGAAAACCGUGGUAGCUUUGACAUUGAUCUUUGCUAUACAGCGAUGUGAUCCUGCUCCUUUUUAUCUUUUUGAUGAGAUAGAUGCAGCAUUGGAUCCUCAGUACAGAACUGCUGUUGGAAACAUGAUUCGUCGUUUGGCAGAUAUGGCAACUACGCAGUUUAUAACCACAACAUUCAGGCCAGAGCUUGUGAAAGUUGCUGACAAGAUAUAUGGUGUGACGCACAAGAACAGGGUUAGCCGUGUCAAUGUUGUGUCCAAGGAAGAAGCAUUAGAUUUUAUUGAGCAUGACCAAUCUUACAAUGCUCAAUGAGGUUAGAACCUCAAUCUAAUCCAAUUCUUGUUAAUAAUUUGUUUGUAAUAUGUCAGUUUACAUAGAGGAGUUUCAGUCAUGUAAUUGAAAUGGACAAGCAUGUGCCCUUCGUAAAACCAAAAAGUGAGUUAAUCUUGUAACUGAGGAGACAUUGACAGGUAUUUGAGUGAUUGGUUGGGUUCUAUUAUACUGGUAGUAAUGUAGCCUAAAGAAAAAGGUUAAAAAUAAAAGUGAUGUCAUUGCUGUGAUUA